AUGUACGAGUGCACACACACAUGUUCGAAACGCAACGUUGUGACAUGUUGGGACAACCCAAAAAAAAAAGUCUCCCCGCCCCAAAGGUCUAGGGUGAUAUUUCGUUUAUUUUUACUCCAUGUGCCGUGCCGGGGAAGCGAACACCAGGCAUGGCUGCAGCGUGGAGGAUAUCAAUGCGAUGUGUGUUUCAAUCCAGACAUACAAUCGGGAUACCAACAUGUGACAGAGGACAACGCCAGGGACACUUCAAGACUUCUUGACCAGCGCACUGGCUUUGACGCCCCACAGCAGCUACGGUCGAAUCAGAGCUCUGAAAAACUGAAUGUGUUUGGUGCAAACGAAAGCCAGGUCGCUGAGACGACUUGGAUAACCUUUGCUUUUGCCAAUGCCAUUUUGGCAGACAGUCCUCCUGCAGAGAAAGCAGCUAACGAGCAUGCACAGCAUGAAAUCCUCUAUUGCUGCAAUAUUGCUAGAAACGGACAAGUUCUGGAUAUGCUGCGGAAUGACAAUCUGAGGAUUUGUGCGUGCCUUGUGCAGUACAUUCUGGCAAACCGGACCAAAAUUGAAAGCUGGAUCUACACAGGUGUCUUGAAUACCAUUCUGAAAUUGGAAGAGAGGUGGGUCUACCGACAGCUUCACCUACCGGAGUUCUUUGGUUUUCGCCCUCCCUCGCGCAACAUGGCGUUUUCUUCGGGCGACGAAUGGGAACUUAUCUCUGACUCAUUGAUCAAGGACCAGGAUGAAGCGGCGGACUUCUUUGCCCGUCCUGUCAAACCGACCAUCAGCCGCCUGGCGAAUCUUGGCAUUGGUGAGGGGCAGGAAGAGCAGGCCGCCCCUAUGGACAUCCAUGGACGCAACGAUGGCAGCUCCCACUCAAGACUACGACCUCCCGCGUGGCGGCUUGAGCUUUUCUGCAGAAAAGAGCGGAACUUGGUGCCUGUAGAGGGGAAGCCAACUUGGAUUCAAGCUCCCGACACCGCGAAGGGUGCCCAUGCAGGCCCCGAAAGCGAUGCUGGGAUGGCCCAGAAGUUAGCCCAUUCAAUUGAUGCCACUCAGCUAGCUCAGGCACCAGUGGCGACAUCAUCCCUGGAUGAGUUCAAUGGCCGACGUGGAAACGGAGCGGCCAAGCGCCAGAAGAUCGAGACAGUGGAGCCGGCAGUAUCCCUCAACAUGCAGGUUUUCGGCCCCCUCCAGGAGGGCAUGCAGUCGGUGGCGGAGAGUUGCGUCUACAGGAAGGGGGUAGAAAUGCUGUGGAAGACCAACUUGGAAGUGUUGCGCCAGAAGAUGAAGCCCUCCUUGCAGAUGGAGCAUGGCCUCUUCUGCCCGAUCGAUGUGGAUGAGGCAGCUGGCUCCUCCCCGGCACAAGGGGGCUUGGAUGAGCUUUCAGAAGAUGCCAGGAAGCUCUCAAUGCUCACAUGGGCCACGAAGUACCACAAGGGGGAACAGCGCAUGCAUGCAGGCUGCCGGAGGAAAGUGGAGGACGUUGAUCCUCCUGAAUGGGCCCUCAAGAUCAAAUUCACUCUUGAGCAUAUGCAAGCCAUGGAGACAUCGUGGGGCUGUUCUGGGCUGAUGGACCUGGAAUUUGCAGACGCUGAAGAACGUCUACGGCACCGGUACCCCUUCCGCCUCAUCUACGCGGCCUGGGCCCAGAUGCCGAUUGCCAUUCCCAAGCACAGACGAGGGAAGGGCCCCCAGAGCAAAAGAGGUAUUUGCAAGGCCUGUUUCAGCAUGUCUUACUUUGGAGCAAUUCACUGCCUGUGCUGGGACACUUUGGCCAGGCAUCUUUAUGACACCCUGAUUGACGAAGGGUUCUCCCUACGUCAGUCGGAGGGUGAACUCCUGGUGGUGUUCUGCCUUCGCAGGCGUCGCCCUAGUCACCUGCUACAACAGAAGUGGGAUGCAGAGGGCAUGACCACUUGCAUGGCAGACCAAGACGGUCUCAGCUUGAUAUGCCCAAAGUACAGAUUCUCGGGGAAGGACUGGUGGGCGGGCCUGGUGGCCACCAUCCGGAAGUUGGCACAAGAGGACAAGUUCAAGGGAGCAAAGAAACGUGGUGGUAUCGAUCUGGCACAAGGUGGCAUCCAAGGCCAGUACCGCAUACACCUCCUGAACCAGGAAGGCACAGCAGUGGGAUGUGGCUGGCGCCCCAAAAGUGGGAGCUUUGAAGAUUUUUCACCGGAUGACUUCCUCAACGAGAUGGCCCUCUAUGGCAAGUGCACUCGUUGCUUCAAAUCCCACGAUCUCCCGGACGAGUACCAGAGAGGUGCCACAGGCCUUGAGAAGGGACCCCGACAGACACCGCGGCAUCCUUCGGAAAUGGCGGUAAGUAUGGCAGCACCACCUCCGGCAACUCCGCCUGAGGCCAUACCCGCAGACCAACAAAAGGAUGUGGACAAGCUCACGAAAGGGCUCUCGGUCCUGUUGGUCUCCAAGCAGAUUCCAUGGCGUGUCCAAGGGGAGAUGGCCCGGCAAGCAGUGGACAACCUGCUCCUCCAGGCAGCCAACGCAGCCAGGCAGAUCUCGACCCUGCUGGGAGAGGACAAGGAACUCUCCUUGGACAGACACACCCUGGAGGGCUUGUCCUUCGUCGAUGCCGCGAUUCUGUGCACAUCGAAGUUGCAGGAGCUCAAAGCUGUGGUGUCAUGUGGCAUGUGUCAUCUGUGUUUCUUUCUGUUUGGAGAUGUUUGGAGCACGUCAUUCGAGCAGGAAACUGACAACAUCACCACGGCGAGUAGCUUGCCAAAGUUCGAGGCAGCGCCGGGCUCCCCUUUGAAAGUGCGAUUCGGAUGUGCCAAGAAUGGCGACACUAUCCUCCUCUCAGGCUAUCCUGCUCUGAGAGGACGUUUGUGCUUCGAAUCAUCGUCGCUUUCCAAAAAUUGUGGAGAAGUGCAUGCCUUACAGGUUGCAGCCUGCAACAAUGAAGAAGGACUUUGGCGACUUAGCUUUCAUCCCCUGGGCGAGUGUGCAUGGCUCGCUGAUCCACAAAGCUUGGAGGAAGUGCGGGUUCUGGCAUCUCAAGCAGGCUGUGCCCACAAUAUUACACGCAAACCUUCGGAGAUGCUGGACCCAGAGCUGCCAGAGCUCAUGCGCGCUAGUUCCAGCAGUGAUGCUGGGGCAAAUUUGAGUUUUGCCACCCAUCCUGGCACUGCUGGGGGAUUCUUCGAACCUUUGUCAACGGAUGUUUGCGCCAUCUGCCUUGGCUCCUUGGGUGAGCAGACCUGGAUCCGUGGUGAGCCUUGGCAAACAAGGUGCGGGCACUACUUCCACAGGUUGUGCUUGCGCCGCCACUUGAGGAUAUCCGUGGAGUCCAUGGA